UCUGCACGUCAUCAAACAAUGAAAGCAGUGGUUGGAUUUAUGGUGAUUCUACUGGGGGUGUCUCAUGGUGUGGAAACUCACUGUGAUGGCAGACACGAUGGAGCUCAGUGUUAUGGAGCUUUGGGAGGAACUGUGGACAUCCAGCUGAUGGACAGCACCUCAGAAAUAUCUAGAUACCAACUGUUAAAGAAUUCAUUAAAAAUACUAGAUGUGAGAGAGAAAAUGAUUCUCUCUAAUACCAUAGUACAUAGAUCUGUCUUUUUUCCUAGUAAUGGAACAUUUAGGAUCACUAACCUGAGCAGGACAGACAGUGGUGAUUAUACCCUUCAAACCUUUGAUUCAGAUGGAAAAUCAUCAGGUGUGCAGAUUUUGCAGUUGUUUUUUCAAGCUCCUGUGUCCUCUGUCCUGUUGGUCUCUGAGUGUCUGUCCCAGGGAGAGAGGAGGGUGUCCUGUUCCUCUGAGGGAGGGGACAGUCCUCAGUACAGCUGGACUCUGGAUGGACGCACACUGACAGAUGCUGAGAUCCUUUCUGGAAAUAUGAAGACUAACGUCAUCACUCUGAAGCAGCACGUCUCAGGACAUCUGGCCUGCUCCGUCAAAAACCUCGUUAGUAAAGUCUCCAAAGAACAGAGGCUAUCUACCUGUGGCUUCAUUUUCAUCAACUGCACUUCAGUCAAUGGGACACAAGUAUCAGGGUGGGUGUAUGAAGCCAAUAACAUCCUGUGCAUUGAACCAACAACUGAACCUUCCACAACCCCACAAACUGCAGUAGAAAUAGGACAUUUGCCACUGAUCAGUGGUGUUCUCUCAACACUUAUAAUUUUCUUAGUUGUAGUUGUAGCAGCAGUCUGUGCUCAACGGAAAAAGCAAAACAGCAAAACAAAAGAGGAAGAAAAUGAUCAGGAAGAAAUCUUUGCUGAUCUCAGGGUCGUGAAACAGCAGGCGAAACAACUGGAGAAAAGAGCGGAGCUAGAGUUCUGCCGAGUCAAGUGCUCAAAGCGUCCUCGGCAGACUGAACCAACAAUAGAUGAUUGUUUGUAUGUUAACGUCCAUAAAUUCAGGUGAUUUAAGUGUUCAGUGCUUCUACACAGACUGCAUCACUAAAGAUCCAUGGAGAGAAGAGCUGAUGUUAAAAUGCCUGAAGGUCUUUUAUUUAAUGUGAUUUCCCACCAGAAAAAUGUAAAAAAAGCUAAUACUGACUGAUUUAUUGUAUUUUCAUCUGCAUUAUACCAGAACACAUGUAUUCUUUUAUGAUCUCUUGAUUUAAAGAUAGUAUCUUAUAUAAACACUGCGAGUGUUUUCUGCUUUUGUAUUCUGCAGACGCUCUGAUAGAACAUGUUUAUUUAGGAGUUUUUCUUUUUUCAUGUGAACUUGACAAGUUUUUGACUUGGUAGAAGUUGCACCAGAUGAUCCAAAAUGGAUAUUUAUUCAAUAUCCAUUUAAAUAAAGUAAAUGGAUAUAAGUUUAUACAAAUUUCAGUGCAGCAAAACCUUUAGACAGUGAUUAAACAUCCAGAUAUCAACAUUUUACCUUUGGUCAAUACAUUUCCUCACAGAUGUCUUACAAGAGACGCUGAUAUUCAGAAGACAUUCUCAAGGGAAAGGUGUGUGAGUCACCAUCUUUGUAUUUGCUGCCAUUUGGAGAAUCACUUGAAAGAGGCUGUGAGGUUUGCUAUAUGGCAAAGCAGGACUCAAACGGACUUAAUGGACAAUUAAUUUAUUUAGAAGCUUCAAAAUGUGCAACCAACAAUCCCAAAACUCAAUACACAGCCUCAAUGAUCCAAAUUCCAAGAUGCCAAUGAUUCGCUUCAACAGGCUGCUCUCCACAGGUUUCUUUGCACAAGAGGGGAGGUGGUAAGUUUCUUCACAAGAUAACAAGAAGCACAACAAACCAGCACAAGACCCGGAGUUACACUAACUGAAAUUCCCCAAUGAUCCAGCAAAGACUGAAUAGCUCAGGUAGUGACUCUUGAGAAGCUUUAAUAAGGAGACCCGAUGAUAUCUCUUGAGGUGGUCUUUGGACUAUAUAAAUAAAACAAAAACCUAUUGAAACAAAUUAUGA